AUGGCGUCAGCAAGUUCAAAUGACAUUACUAAUUCGGCGCAAGCCGCAAAUAAAGACACCGGGAAACCUUCGACCUCAGAGGUGACCUCCCAUCUCGGUUCUGCCCGGGAUUGUUCGAACAAAGUCCUGCUAGCUACAGUCUGGGUCAAGUAUAACUGUAUAAUAACAGUUUCUGGUAUCGGUACCAAUCAUACCGCAACUGUUCAAGCGACAACGAAUUUGCUGAUAGGACCCAUUCAUCAGGACGGGCCAUGUAUAAAUAUUCGAGCUCUUAUUCUAAAACGGUUAACGUCGUAUCAAGCAAUUGUGCCGUUUAGUUCUGAUCAAUGGGAGCAGUUGAAGGAACUCGAAUGGGCCGAUUUUUACGCAUCUUCUACGGUGCCAAUAGAUUUAAUUAUUGCGCAGGAAACCAUCUUUGGUUGGGUAUUGACAAGUCCCAUUCAGACGAGUAACGUAGAACCUGAUCACAUUAAUGUGCUGCAUAGUGAUAUUUACGCUGAAAUCAACGAAAACAUUAAGCGGUUUUGGGAGAUAGAAGCUUCUCCUGAAGUUAGCUUCCUAUCAGAGGAAGAUAAAAUCUGUGAGGAACAUUUUACAUCCACUCAUUCUCGUCGAGCGGAUGGUAAAUAUGUAGUACGUCUGCCGUUUAAAACUGAGUCUCCUAUAGCAAUCGGGUUUUCUCAGAUGAUUGCUACCAGAUCUUUUCAUCAGAUAGAAAAGAGAUUAGAAAAAAAUCCAGAAUUAGCAUCCGAGUAUCAUGCCUUUCUUAAAGAAUACUUAGCUUUAGGACACAUGUUAGACAGAGGUGAAAUUAAUUUACAGUCGACGCAAAAUGUCUUCCUAUCGCAUUAUCCUGUCAUUCGACAGGAUAGUAGCACUACUCGUUUGCGAGUUGUUUUUAACGCAUCAAUGCGCACCACAAAUAGUUCUACGUUGAACGAUCAUUUGUUAGUAGGACCUAAAUUACAAGCAGAUAUUAAUGCAAUAAUUUUACGAUGGCGAUCUCAUCGUUUUGUAAUCGCUGCUGAUAUUGCCAAAAUGUUCAAACAAAUAUGGAUAAAUCCUCGCGAUACUCAUUAUCAAUUCAUAGUUUGGAGAGAGAACUCUAGCGACUCUCUCAAAACAUAUGAAUUGCAGACCGUAACAUACGGUACUGCUUCGGCUCCGUUUAUCGCUAAUCGAGUCAUCAAACAGCUCGCGACAGAUGAGGGAACUAAUUUCCCACUAGCUGUGCCUAUUUUAAAUGAUCAGAUCUAUGUUGAUGAUCUUCUGUUCGGAGCCGAUGAUAAGGCUCUCGCUUUGCAAUUAAGAAACUCAGUCUCAGUCUCAGCGCUAUUAAAAUGUGAUGGAUUUCAUUUAAGAAAAUGGGCAAGCAACUGCUCUCAAUUGCUCGCCGGGAUUCCGAAUGGGGAUCACGAGUUAGCUUCGAGUCGCCCUUUUCAAGAAAUCGACGGUUUGGAAACGUUGGGAUUGUUCUGGUCCACUUGUUCAGAUAAAUUUCAAUUUAACUUCAAAAUAGAAUAUCCAGAGAAUUCGCGAUACACCAAGAGAUUAGUGUUGUCUACUAUUGCUCGAAUGUUUGACCCACUUGGCUGGACUUGUCCAGUGAUAAUCACGGCAAAAAUAUUUAUGCAGAAAUUAUGGAUGGCCAAACUCAACUGGGACGAUCCAUUGACGUUCGAACUACAUAAGCAGUGGGACGAAUAUUCAAGCGAUUUAAAGCAGUUACGAAGUAUAUCCAUUCCUAGAUGGCUUGGAUUAAGCCAAGUCACACUGAAUUGCGAAAUUCAUGGGUUUUCAGACGCGUCUCUGAAUGCAUAUGCCGCGGUAGUCUUUUUACGCGUCGGUGCCACUACAAAUCACGCGAAUGUUCAUUUGCUUAUGGCUAAAACUAAAGUAACGCCCUUAAAGCCGCUUACAAUUCCAAGGCUGGAAUUAUCUGCUUCAGUCAUAAUGGCUAGGCUCAUUGAAUACAUUCAAAGUACAUUGAGACAGAAUUGUCCCGUUUAUUGCUGGACGGACUCGGCUGUCGCACUAGCAUGGAUUCAUAAGCACCCAAGUCGGUUGAAGACGUUCGCGGCCCACAGGGUGGCGGAAAUUCAGGGUAGUGCGAUCAACGCCAUUUGGAGACACGUGCCCUCUGAAUUUAACCCUGCUGAUUGUGCGUCCCGCGGCCUGUCCGCGACUCAAUUAGAGCAACGUAUGCUCUGGUGGAGCGGCCCACCAUGGCUGUCGUGUCCACCAGAGGAGUGGCCAGAAUCCACUCCUAAUCCUCCCUCGGAAGUAGAAACGGAAAUCAAACGGGAAGUUAAGACGUUACAUAGCCAAGCUAUAACUGAAUGA